UUGUUAAAUCCGAUACCUACGAAAUCUAGCCCUAAUAGUGCAGAAAUCUCUGGGUCACCAUCCCCAGCUCCAAGUAGUAUAGGGAACAAUGCGCCUAAAUAUGGAACACUGGUACCAAAUAGAAUAUUUGUUGGUGGCAUCUCUGCCAGCACAACAGAACAGGACCUCUUGGAGCUUUUUUCGCAGUACGGUGCGGUCAAAGCAACAAAGAUCAUUAGCGAUAGAGCAGGCGUCUCUAAAGGAUAUGGCUUUGUAACGUUUGAAACAGAAGAUGAAGCUCGGAGACUCACACAAGAGGCCGAUAAUAUAAUGCUUAAAGACAGAAAACUUAAUAUAGCACCUGCAAUUAAAAAGCAAGUCAGUGAUGUGGGUUAUAUGAAGACCUACUCUCCUCGGUUAGUAGACAGCAACAGUAGCAUGGUUGGGGCAGGCGGAACCGUAUUUUUCGGCAACGGAGCGACGUACACAACAUAUGGCAAUUCAGUUCCAGUUAUCGGACCAGCCGAGUAUCACCCCCAAUUCACACAGGCCCCAGCGGUAGCAGCUGCACCACCUCCAGCACCCUCAGCCUAUCAAACAAUAGUUUAUCAACAACCCAUGUAUUAUGCAACACAACAAUUCCAGUACCAACCAACGCAAACCAUGCAGGCACAGUGGGGAGCGGCUCCACAGUGGAGGUGGGUCACCCCAGCCUCGUACCCACAGCCUGAGUGUAGUUCCCAGUGUUUGGUUGAACCCAGCAGCUUAGCACAGAGGGAUCAUACCACGACAGCUGUGGGAAGCACACCCAAUGUCUCCACCCACCACGUCCUUGCCACUCCUUCCACAUCCUUGUCCAGCAAUGCCACUACCACCACCACCACAACUAUGUCUACAUCUCUAUCCAUCACACCAAGUGCCAGCACAAGCACUAGUUCUUUGUCUGAUGUAAAUAUGACUGUGUGCAAUUCCCUGCUGUUGAUAAAGCCCCUUACUGUAAAUGGAAGGCCUGCACUGGCAAAUGGUAAAACGAAGUCGCUCUCCAGUCUCGUCAGUAAUGCAGUUGACACUAAUAAUAAUCUACCUGAGGUUAACAAAGAAGCUGUAUGCAGCACCCCACACGUAUCCCAUACGGCUACAAGUGAUCUAGACGUGUCCUCUGAUAGUGCAAGUAAAAUGUCUUCUAGUGCAACAACAGUCAACACUAUUGACAGCAGCAGUACCAACCACAAUGCAAAAGAAGAGAGUGAUUGCAUUGCUGAUAAUGUGCCUCAGGUAUUCCAAAAUUUUGCCAUCAGAACUUCAAGAGAGGCCUUCAACGAUUGUGAUACGCUCUUACCUGUACACCCUGAGGUUAAGCCCAGUAUAGAGAACUAUAGUAGUGAAGUUCCCGACUCAGAACAUGUCUAUCAAGAUUCAAGUAACACAUCGUCCUUACCCCCUGGACUUCCCUAUGGUGUCUUUCCAUCGGCCAGACAUGUCUCUUCAUGUCCUCAUUAUACUGGGGAGGUGGUGUCAGGACCAAGAAGUCUAGUUCCUCAACAUGUGUCAUCACCUGUCAUUAUGAUCCCUUCAUUAGCAUCCCUUAAUAAGCCAGUAAAUUCAUCUCCACUUUAUGAUCUCACUUCUAAGUCUAAUACUUAUAAAACCAAUCAUGCGGUAAGAUCUCAGGUAUCACCCUCGCCACCAGCUGCCCAGCCACAGAUAGUAUCUUUCUCCACAGUUCCCAUAAGUCCCUUAACGGCAUCAUUAGAAAUCGCAAAAACCAUGCCGACUUGUGUUGUCAUUACCUCUACCAAAGAUACCAUGGCUUGUAAUGCAGAUGCCAUGAGUUCCACUAGUGUGACCACUUGUAUCACUACUACUACUGCCACUUCAAUAAGCACAACUAGCACGGUUCUAAGCAACACGCAAAGCUUGUGUAGUCCUGUGAAUCAUGACUCUCAUUAUUCAUAUAGGCCAAGUUCUGUUUUUACUCCUCCCCCAGUGAACAGUGUUAGUCAGUCUUCAUAUAGAUAUGCAAACCAAAGUAUGUGGAUGAUAGUGCCGUCCUAUCAUGUUUGGAGGGCUGGGAUGCCAUGCUAUCAGUUGCCAGCCCCAUUGCCGACCCAAUGGCCUGUGCCACCUCCCCCAUCAUUCUAUGCUACCUCAUGUAUGAAUUAUACUUCUCCUACUUACUCUGGGACAACAUCUGUGUCUUCCAUGUUUACAGAACCUGUCUGCAGUGGCCUUACCUUGCUCAACAAUUUUCCAGCAAGGGACCAAACAUCCAGUGAGGAAACUGGGUUGGGUUUCGUUCACAGCAAACAGUGUGAGAAGAAUUACCAGAGCAGUUUGGGAGAGAACAGUGGUGCUGACAGUAGAGUUCUUUUGCAUAUCCCUCCGUUGGCAUCAAGUCCAAGAGUAAAGUAUGGGGAGCAUUCUAUGCAGAAAAAAUCAAAAGGUUCCAGAAAUUCAAAACCGUCCCAUCUGAACCGAUCGUCGCCUUGCAAAGCCAUUCCUCCUCCAUCAAAAAAUCUGCGUCCUUCUAAGAUAUCUUGCCAACCUGCGUCAAGAUCUUUCAACCCUGCCGCGGAAGAGAAUGACCCUAGACCUCCGAGAGACUUUGAAGACAGCUGUGGGUUAAUGCCUAUUACCCCCCCUCCUACCCCAGUCCUGAAAUCCGAUAGUAGUGCUAUUAUUGUAAGUGAUACAAAUGUGUGUUGAUCUUGAUGAAUAAAUUUAUGCAUAAUAUUUUCCUUAUAUACUAAAAAAUUGAAUUAGUAGCAGUAUGAUACAGUAUUGGAUUUUAAUAUAUUUAUGUUUAUAGAUAUAAGCCAAAGCAAAACCCUUCUUAAUACCUAUGGUUGUGCUGAUGUUGUGAACAUUAUAUAAAUACUUUUACGUGUUUUGUGUUGUAAAUCUCAUUGCACUGAUGUUCCCCUCAUCAAUCAGCUGCUCAGUCAUUGUACAGCAUUCAUACUUUGAAGUCAUUCAUAAUGCAUGUUUGAUCAGUCCACUUGAAGUCAUUGCUACCUAAUGUCAAUUUCUGUGUGUGAAGGUGUUCAGUAGGAUUUACUGUACAGUACUAUACAACCCCAUUUUUUUGAUAUGGAAGUGUAACUGUUUUGUAUUUUAAUAAGGAACAUCGUUCAGAAAUGGUAGUUGAGAACUCCAUACAUGAAAAUUGUAAGGUUUAGACCUAAAAUGCAAAGGAACUUUCUAAUUUCAAAAUUUAAUAAAUGUGAAAAUGAUUAAAA